AUGACCAACUUCGACAUCAAAAUCGUCUCGGACACGGUCUGCCCAUGGUGCUACAUAGGCAAGAAGCGGCUGGAGAAGGGCAUCGCCGCAUACAAGCAAAAAUACCCAGAUUCGAAUGACACCUUCUCAACUACCUGGUACCCCUUCUAUCUGAUGCCUGACGCGCCCAAGAACAUCGACAAGAGGGAGUUCUACAAAGCCAAGUUCGGUGAGGCUCGCACGCAGGCCAUGUAUCAAUACAUGACGGGCAUUGGAAAAGCAGAAGGAAUCGACUUCAAAUACGGAGGCCGGACUGGUAACACGCGUGAUUCGCAUAGACUCGUCCAGCUCGGUAAACAAAAGGGUCCGCAGAUGCAAACCCGCGUCAUCGAAGAGCUCUUCGCUGCCUACUUCGAGAACGAAAAGGACAUCACCUCGCAAGACGUCCUCGUCGAAGCCGCCGUCAAGGCCGGGCUCGACAAGGCCGAGGUUCAAGACUGGCUUUCAAAUGGUAAAGGCGGGCCUGCAGUCGACAAGGAAGUCCAGGACGCGUAUGCAAAGAACAUCCAUGGCGUCCCCAACUUCACAGUGAAUGAUUCGGAGGAAGUGGGUGGUGCGCAGGACCCAUCUGCAUUUGUGCAGAUUUUCGAACGCAUCAAGCGCGCGGGAGGUGCUGCGGGAGGCGCUGUUAGCUCUGGCAACAUGUGCUAA